GGAACAUCGAGAUUGUCUGGAUCAACUCUAGAGAAAUGGCUCAAGGUCAGAAGCGCCAGGACGUCCCCGAAUGUGAGAAUGAACGUCGCACAACCUCUGACUUUAGGCCACUGAGCAAAUAGCUAGAGCCGCUUCUAAUCGGUCCCGCCUACAGCCAACAUCUUAUCCAAUCACAGCUUGCGACAAGUCUGAUGUGUCUUUUCUCCAAUCACCGCUGAGAUGGGAAGAGGUUGUCGGGAUGGGGCCAUAGUGAACAUGGAACCCUCGGUAGGAUAAGUGUGAGAUUGCCGUUACUGGCUGCCCCUAUCUUAUUGCCUCAACAUGUUGGUGCACUUAUUUCGGGUCGGAAUCCGGGGUGGCCCAGUUCCAGGAUGGUCGCUACAAUCCCUGCGCUUCCAGACGUUCUCUGCCGCCAGGUCCUCAGAUCACCAACUCAGCUCACGCCUCCUACGGACUGUAGCCCAGCUCCGGGCACAGCUCCGGGCUCACCUCCCUCGAGCCCCACCAGCUUCCCACCGGAGCCCCUCUGCCUGGUGUUGGGUUGGGAAGACCUUGGUGGUCCCUGCAGUCCUGUGGCAGCAUCCACGCCUCUGCCUUAUAGCACUAUGUGAGGCCAAAGGGUCCCCUCCUCCUCCUGCCCAGCCCACACGUGCCCCGGAGCUGCGCUUUAACUGGAAGCUCUUCUGGCAUUUCCUUCACCCCCACCUGCUGGCCUUGGGGGCAGCCAUUGUGCUGGCUUUAGGUGCGGCACUAGUGAAUGUGCAGAUCCCCUUGCUCCUGGGCCAGCUGGUGGAGAUUGUCGCCAAGUACACGAGGGACCACGUGGGGAGUUUCGUGUCUGAGUCCCGUAAGCUCAGCAUCCAGCUGCUCCUUCUGUACGGUGUUCAGGGACUGCUGACCUUUGGAUACCUUGUGCUGCUGUCCCACAUUGGUGAGCGCAUGGCCACGGACAUGCGGAAAGCCCUUUUCGGCUCCCUGCUCCGGCAAGACAUUGCUUUCUUUGAUGCCAAAAAGACAGGGCAGCUAGUGAGUCGCUUAACUACUGAUGUGCAAGAAUUCAAGUCAUCCUUCAAGCUUGUCAUCUCCCAGGGACUGCGCAGCUGCACUCAGGUGAUUGGUAGCCUGGUGUCCCUGUCUAUGCUGUCCCCACGCCUUACCCUGAUGCUGGCGGUCGUCACACCCGCCCUCAUGGGAGUGGGCACCCUGAUGGGCUCAGGCCUCCGCAAGCUGUCUCGCCAGUGUCAGGAACAGAUCGCCAGGGCGACAGGUGUAGCAGACGAGGCCCUGGGCAAUGUGAGGACUGUGCGGGCCUUCGCGAUGGAGAAGAGGGAGGAGGAACGCUAUCAAGCAGAACUCGAGUCAUGCUGCUGUAAAGCAGAAGAACUGGGCAGGGGCAUCGCCUUGUUCCAAGGGCUCUCCAACAUCGCUUUCAACUGUAUGGUCUUGGGCACCCUGUUCAUUGGGGGCUCCCUUGUGGCUGGACAGCAGCUGAAAGGGGGAGACCUCAUGUCCUUCCUGGUGGCUUCCCAGACAGUACAGAGGUCUAUGGCCAGCCUCUCUGUCCUGUUUGGUCAGGUGGUGCGUGGGCUGAGUGCGGGAGCCCGAGUCUUCGAGUACAUGGCCCUGAGCCCUGUCAUCCCAUUGACCGGGGGCUACUGCAUCCCCAGCAAGGACCUUCAUGGUUCCAUCACCUUCCAAACUGUCACCUUCAGCUACCCCUGCAGACCUGGCUUCAAUGUGCUCAAGGACUUCACCCUGAAGCUGCCCCCUGGCAAGAUUGUGGCUCUUGUGGGCCAGUCUGGGGGAGGAAAGACCACAGUUGCCUCCCUGCUGGAACGCUUCUAUGACCCUGAAGCUGGCUCGGUGACGCUGGAUGGGCAUGACCUGCGUACUCUCGACCCCUCCUGGCUCCGGGGCCAGGUCAUAGGUUUCAUCAGCCAGGAGCCAGUCCUGUUUGCAACAACCAUCAUGGAGAAUAUCCGAUUUGGGAAGCUGGAUGCUUCCGAUGAAGAGGUGUACACAGCUGCACGAGAAGCCAAUGCCCACGAGUUCAUCAGCAGCUUCCCCGAUGGCUACAGCACUGUGGUUGGUGAGCGGGGCACAACCUUAUCUGGUGGCCAGAAGCAGCGCCUAGCCAUCGCACGUGCCCUCAUCAAGCAGCCCACGGUGCUGAUCCUGGACGAGGCGACCAGCGCACUAGAUGCAGAGUCUGAGAGGGUGGUACAGGAGGCCCUGGACCGGGCCAGUGCUGGCCGCACCGUGUUGGUCAUUGCCCACCGGCUUAGUACUGUCCGUGCAGCCCACUCCAUCAUUGUCAUGGCCAAUGGCCAAGUCUGUGAGGCUGGGACCCACGAAGAACUCCUUAAAAAAGGCGGGCUCUAUUCAGAGCUUAUCCGGAGACAAGCCCUGGACGCCUCACUGACCUCAACCCCUCCAGCAGAGAAGCCUGAAGACCCCAGAAGCUGCCACCCGAAAGCCUGAGAGGGCCCUGGGGUCAGGUCACUGCAAGACAUCCGUCUGAGGCUGGAGCUCUGCUGGGGACAGAGCCCUUGGAGGGCCAGUGUGCUGGAGUGUGGCCUGCACUACUGCUCCUUUAAAGGAGCUGGGCCCAACAACUGGGGUGGGAGGCGGCUCUCCCCCCCUGCUCUGUCCACCCUGACUCAGCUCUGUGGUCACGGGGUGUACAUAGGGAGACAAAGUCCCCCGAACACCUUUGCUUGAUCCUCUCAGGCUGGCCUGGUUCUGCCCAACACUCAGUUGUUUGGGCCCUCACUCCAGACUGGCCAGGUCUGGUAGAAUGGGCUGUAAUCCCAGCACUUGGGAAACGGACGUGGGAGGGUCAAGAGUUCAAGGCCAUCCUGGGCUAAAUAGUGAGACCCUCUCUCAACAAAAAGAAAAAAAAGAACAAAAACCUAAAUAAAAAAAAGAAAAAUUUAAAAGAGGCUGAGGCUGUAGCUUAGUGGAGUGCGUGCCUGCCAUGUGUGAGGGGCCUAGACAUAAUCCCUAGUACUGCAAAUAAGAAAUAAAAUCCAGGGUUGGAGUG